GACCAGUCAGUCGUCAAUGUGUUUCCCUUGCGUGACGACCCGACCGACGUUUUUAUUUUGUUUAUUAACAAUAAAAUUAUGUGGAUUCAUCUGGUCCAUGUGAUCGGCUGGUUGAUGCUGUGCAACGCGGCGAGCGACGUAGAUGUCUCUCAGAUAGAAACAUUCCUGCUAGAAGUUGCCGAUGAGAAAGAAAAAAAUGAAAACGUGAAAUCAACAGUUCAAGCUAAUUAUAAGUUAUGUAAUCAUGAAAAGGGCCUUACUGCGCGGUGUGUCAAGAAAUCCCUCUGUGGAGAUAAAGCCCCGCCCGUGGAUCCCGCCACGACUUUUACCUUCAGAGAAAUAGGAGGGACCUGCACUUAUUUACAGACCUGCUGUCCCGAAAAUAAAAUAAGGACUGAACCAAAGAAACCUAAAGUACAGAAGAAACGUGGCUGCGGAUACAGCAACCCUGGAGCGAACGUCCUGCGAGAACUGGCUGAUAAAUAUGGAUACGCGGAUUAUGGAGAUUUCCCGUGGAUGAUUGUUAUAAUGAAGAAGGGAAUACCAACGGGUCAGUUCGAUAAGGCUUACGUAGCUGGUGGAACUCUUAUUGACCCAUCCGUCGUCAUAACCGCAGCUCAUAAAGUAGACGAUAUAGAAGACAAUUCCGAGAUAAUGUGUCGCGCUGGGGAAUGGGACACCAAGACAGACGACGAAUUCUUCAAGCAUCAGGACAGAGACGUUAAGAGCAUCAUUAUACAUAACGAAUACUUAAGGCUGAAAGCCCAUAACGAUGUUGCGCUCAUCAUCCUGAAGGAGCCGUUCAACUUGGACGAAGCUCCUCACAUAGGAGUGGCGUGCUUGGAGAAGAAGCUGCCAAGUCCUGGAACGGAGUGCUUCAGCAUGGGUUGGGGCAAGGACUUCGUUAAUGAUCAAAUGUAUGCUGCUAUACUUAAAAAGUUGAAACUACCGCUGGUCGCUGCUGACAGAUGUCAGAAUCUCUAUCGGAACAGCCAGCUGGGUCAAUCGUACAGCUUGCACAAGAGUCUCACGUGCGCUGGGGGGGAGGCAAACGUCGAUACUUGCAUGGGAGACGGCGGCUCAUCACUCGUAUGCCCUAUCCCUGAUAAAUCUGGUUUACGCUAUUCCGUCGUCGGGAUGGUCGCUUACGGACUCGGUUGCGGAAUAGAGAAUUUGCCGGGAGUCUACGUGAAAAUACCUGAGGUGUACGAUUGGGUGUUCAGGGAAAUGGUCACACAAGGCUACAACGAGAAGUUCUUUGUCAGCUAGAAAGCAUAAAGAUGUGUUUUUUUUU